GGGGAGUGUCUGGGCGAACGCUGGGUGUGUUUAUGACGUCAAACCAGGAACGACAAGCACUGAACUGAUCGCAGAUGCCGAGUAAGUCUGAAGCUACUCAGAAACUGCUACGAGAUGUGUAAUCGCAAUAUUGCCAAUACAUCGGUCGCAAUUUUAAGAAGUUAAGAUACACUCCCAGUAGGCGUAGGCUUAGCGUGAGCAACUCUGCUAAAUUCGCCUUGCGAGCGAUCAACUCGGAAUGAGGGCCAAUGUUCGUAAUGCCGCCACCAGGGGUCGGGCUCGACAGCCUGAGAGAAUUUUGGCGGGCGAAGGUGCGUCACGCAGAGGCCGGGUCAGUAGCGCGUUGGUGACACGAGCUGCUGUUGUGAGUGACAAUUCUAGAAACUUCUCAAAGGAACCGGUUUCCGUGAAUAACAUGUCGCGAAGUGUGGGGGCUAUGACGGAGUCGCCGAGCGGGGUGUUAAGGAGAAUUUUAGCAUCCCGAGGUGUUACCUCAGGAGUUCAUGUGCCGGAGGUACGCCGCGGUCGCCCCGUGGGCCCGCGGGGGUCCGUGGCUGCCAGAGGUGGUCGAAGAAGUUCGAUUCUUACUAGAGGUGAGCACAUUGGGAGAUGUACAAGAUUACAAGAGUCGGUGCAAGGAGAGGGGGCACCCAACAGUGGUAUUACAAUGGGUUCGGUUAGUAAUAUAAACAACAGCGCUGACACGAUUGUAGCGGGACAGGGCGCGAGGACAUUGGGUAUUAGUAAUGCUGGAAGACAGCUUGUAAGGCCCGCCGCGUGUAAUAUUAGGAGUAAAAGAGGAACUGGGGAGCUACGUGGUAUGAGGGGCACAGUACCGGGGAGAUCUGAUGCUGAUGCGGUAUGCUUUGGAGGUAAUGGAGCUGGAUUCAAUCCGUCUGAGGUAGCGUCUAUAUGCACCUCGGUCAUAUCAGCGCUGGUCCCGGUGCUGAAUGCCAAUAACGCUGAAAGGAAUUUUUUGUGGGGGCAGAAUUCUGCUGAUUUGCGGAGGGAUGGCGUUGAUGAAUCAGGGGCGGCUGUUUUACAGGCCAGAUCGGGUGGAGGUAAUAGGGGCAAUAGGAAUGUUAAUGAAUUUUUGGUAGAUGUUUCUCCUUGCUUUUCUACAGAGGAGUCCCUUGCAGCCCCUGAGGUGCAGGACGAUUCUGGGGAAUCAGCUGCGGUGGUAGAGUCUGCCCUGGACGAGGGUGGUCGUUAUGGUUAUACGCCCGGAUUGGAGGGCUUAGCUUUUCGAGCCCUGGCUCCCUCCACUCUUCGAGGGUACAAAAAUGCCAUGGGAGAGUGGGAAAGAUAUGUGCGCCUGCAUCAAGAUCAAGGUAAGACCGAUUACGCAAUGUUAUUGGAUUAUGUGUGGGAAUGUUUUAGAGCAGGCAGACCAAGAGGGUUCGUAACACGUUUACUGUCUGCUCUUUCUUAUUUCUUGAGACUUUAUGGCCGGCAUGAUUUUACAAAAUCUUUCUUUCUAGCAAAGAUUCUUAAAGGUUGGGCUCGAGUUAUGCCCCCUGUACAAGAUGCACGUAGACCAAUAACUAUUUCAAUAUUGCGGCGCAUGGCGGUCGUGUUGCAGGAUGUCUGUGCAUCUGAUUACGAAACACUUUUAUUUACAUUGUGUUUCGUCAUGGCCUUUUUUGGGGCCUUUAGAGUCAGUGAACUGGUGGCUGCUUCGAAAUCAGCAAGGUCACCUAUUCUUCGUGAACACGUGUCAUUGGAAGAGGGAGGCUUAUGGUGCAAAGUACAACGUUCCAAAACGGACCAAUUGGGCAAAGGUUGUUGGGUUGUUUUGAAUUGUGUUGAUGACAUAGAGAUUUGUCCUGUGUCUUUGGCGAGGAUUUAUUUGAAGACAAGGUCUGAUGUGCCAGGUCCAUGGUUGCAGCAUUUGGAUGGUAUGCCGGUGACUCAAUUUCAAUUUAGAUGGGUGAUGGAACGUUGUAUUUGCACGAUGGGUUUGCCGGUAUCGAGAUAUGGUACCCAUUCGUUUCGAAUAGGUGCGGCGACAACAGCAGCUGCGGAAGGCUGUUCGAGCGGGCAAAUUAGAGCCUUGGGAAGGUGGAAGUCUGAUGUAUUUCGGAAAUAUAUCAGGUUUUGACCUGUUAAUAAAAAAAAAAAAAAAAAAAUCAGACUUGAGGUUUCAGCCACUCGCCAUAUUUGGGGGUCUUGAGGAAUUUUUUUAUCCUGUCAGGUGCCUUAAGCCUGGGGGUUCAAACCCGCCUGGCAGGUGUGUUUUUCGCCUCUCGUCAAGUCUGAUCCCCCCCCCUUAUCUAACUCCCUUUGUAAAAGGAGAACAAUUCUCUUCAAAAAUUAUCACAUUAGAGGCCAAAUUAAAAUAUGUAAUAAAUAAAUGUUAAACCAUUUUAGCAAGAUUUUAAAGGGAUGUUUUUGGGUUAAUGUUGUUGCAAGAUUUUUGU